UAUUGUCCCUUUUCUCCAAAGCACUCACUGUGUUGCCGCUCCCUUGAGGCAGGAAGACUCAGAGACAGACCACUAUCGAAAGGCCAAGUAGAUUAUUAACCAGGUUGUCUAAUUUAUUUUGUACGUGAUGCUGUCAAGCAGCACUUCACUUCCUCCUAGGGGACUCACGCUCAGUGUCUCUCUCUGCUUCCCCAGAAGUCACACUGUCGCUUCACUAUGCAUCCCCAGCACUCCUCCGAGGCCAGGCAAGACCCUCGCCCUGAUGUGCCGGUGGGCAACCCCGAGCUGCGCGCGGCUGAGCCAGCGACACCAACACACACGUGCCGACACAAGUUCUUACAGACCUGUUCAGCCAUGAGCCACAGAGACUGGCACUGUCCCGUUUGCUUGCAAACUGCCAGCUUCCCUGUCCAGACAAACUGUGGCCAUCUGUUUUGCGCUCCCUGUCUGAUCACAUACUGGAGACAUGGGUCCUGGCUAGAUGCCAUCAGUUGCCCUCUCUGCAGACAGAAGGUCAGUGUACUGUGCCGUCUCUUCACUGAGAGUCGAUCGGAUGGAAAGUCCAAGGAGGUGCUCGGUUACAUCACAGACUACAACAGUCGCUAUUCCGGAGCGCCGAGAAGAGUCAGUAUCACGUUCAACCCUCAUUUAACAGACUACCUAUGUGACGCGCCCCUCCUCCUCCAGCUGCUGGCCCGCGGCCUCGGCACCAUGGGAGGGCUGGUGUGGCUGUUUUUCUUCAGGGUGGCGCUGUGCUGUGUGGGUACCGUGGUGUCCUUCUCCUCCCCUCAUCUGGAGACCGUUCCCUCAUCGGCAAACCAGCUGGAGACAGACCCCUCCCUCUGCGGACUCCUGGGGGUCCUGGAUGACCUAGUGGUGGUCAUACUGCUCCUUAUCUGUGUUAUCAACAUCAACCAACAGAUGGCGCCAGAGACCGGAAGCCCAACUCGAGCUACACCCACACAUGGCCUAUUAGGGAACUCAAUGUAAUU